AUGUCAACAGUAGAUUCAACAACUACCGCAAACAAUAACAUCAUCAAGGACAAAUCAAAAUCUUUUACGAGAAGAAAUCUGCGUAUUUUCACCAAUGGAGUUAAAAAACUACUAAAAAUGAAUUCUGAUAACUCUACUACUACCAAAUCACAACCACCUUCGGUUCCGAAUUCAGCUUCACCAACUAAAAAGUCAAUAAAUCAAAAACAAACACAACAACAACAACAAUCAAAGACUAUGCAAAGAACAAGUUCCUCAUCAUCUGAUUUAGGAGACUCAAGAAAGAGACAAUCCAAAAGAGAUGAUGCAAUUAGACGAAGAAUUGAACAUGAUUUAAAUAAAAAGAAGAAAGGUGGUAUCACAACUACUAAACAAAGAAAGGCAACUCCUGGUACUGUAUUAGCUUUAAAACCAAGUGAACCCGUCAUUUGUAAAACAUCAUCUACAGUUUAUGAAGUAUCUCAAUUGAUGACUGCUAAAAGAGAAAAUUGUAUUCUUGUUGUUAAUAUGCUUGGUCAAUUAUUAGGUAUUUUCACUGCUAAAGAUUUAGCAUUUAGAGUUGUUGCCGCAGGAUUAAAUGCUAGUUCUGUUACAAUUGAUGAAAUUAUGACUCCAGAUCCAAUAUGUACUCAUUCGAAUAGUCCAGCUUCUGAAGCUUUAUCGUUAAUGGUUGAAAAAGGAUUUAGACAUUUACCUGUUUUAGAUGAUCAAAAUCAAAUUGUUGGUGUAUUGGAUAUUACCAAAUGUUAUGCACAACAAAUGGAAAAAUUAGAAAGAGUUCAUAAAAGUUCAAGUAAAUUAUAUGAAGCUUUAGAUAGUGUUCAUAAUGAAAUUGGGGUUGAAGAUCAACCUGAUCAUAUUUAUCUGUAUUUCGAAACUUUGAAAACAAAGAUGAGUGGUCCUGUUUUAGAAAGUGUCUUAGAUGCAACUACAGUACCAGUUUAUACUAAUGUUAAAGCUUCGGUUUAUGAAGCAACUGUAUUAAUGACACAACAUAGAACAACGGCCGUUUUGGUUAAGGAUACAAAUAAUGAUGUUGCGGGUAUUUUCACUUCUAAAGAUGUUGUAUUACGUGUCAUUGCAGCAGGUUUAGAUCCUAAAAAAUGUUCAAUUGUAAGAGUUAUGACUCCUCAACCUGAUGUUGCUAAAGUUGAUUUGCCAGUUCAACAAGCUUUGAGACAAAUGUUUGAAGGACAUUAUUUAAAUUUACCAGUUAUUAGAGAUGAUUCUAAAAUUAUUGCAAUUGUCGAUGUUUUGAAGUUGACUUAUAUCACUUUGAAUACAAUUAAACAACUUGAAAAUAACAAAUCAAUAAUUCCAUUAACUCCACAACAAACUCCUUCAAGCACCAGUGAUAACGCACAUUCUGCAGAAGGUCCAGCUUGGAAUAAGUUUUGGUCAACUCCAGAUCAUGAUGAUACAGUUUCAAUUCAUUCUGAUUCCCUAGAUGGUUCGGCAAAUCAUCAUAAUACCAACACAUCAAUCCCUCCUCCAUUAGCACCUGACGUAACCCCAUCUGAAUUCAAUUCUUUUAAUGUUGAUAUUAAACCUUCCGAUUCUAUUUCACAUAUUGAAUCUCCUAGAAAAUCGUUUAGAGAUAAUUCUUCAUUCAGAGAUACUUCAAGUCAAAAUGAAGGUACUGAAGAGUCUUCUUUUACAUUCAAAUUCGCGUCGCCAGCAAUUGAUGGAAGAGUUCAUCGCGUUUCUUUAAAACCAAAUGAAGGAGUUGAAAAAUUAAGAUCAUUGAUGGAUGAAAAAUUGAUUGACAAAGAUUUUGAAGUUUUAAAAGUCAAGAAAUCGGUCGUUGUGGGAGAUAAUGAAAGCGGAUCAAUUGUAUCUGGCAAGGAUGAAACUUAUGCUAUUAGUUAUGUUGAUGAUGAAGGUGAUGUGGUUUCAAUUACUUCAAAUCAAGAUUUAAAUGAUUGUGUAUCGAUUAAUCAGAAAUUAAAUAACGAUAAGGCGGAUAUAUAUAUCCAUAAUCCUCAUGAACAUGCUGAUACUGAGAGUAUCAAACCUUUGAAUAAGAAGAAGAAUACCGCCGUGGCUAGUGUUCCUCUUCCACUUAUUUUGGGUGGAUUGGCUGCUGUUUCAGCGUCGUUAUUUAUUUUUAGUACUUUGCUGCAUAGAAAGUGA